AGCGGCACUGUACUGUCGCAAAACGACGCUGGUUGUCGUGCACCGCGCCGCCCGUGCGAAGAUGGCGGCUGAGCUGCAUCCGCGCAGCGGAAAACUGAUCGGUUUGUCGAACUCCAACAGAACCGCUCAACGAAAUCAGCCGGUACAGGAAUUCAAUCACGGCCUGGUCCUCAGUCGGGAGCCUCUGAGGGAUCGCGAUGUCUUCACUGUCCGCAUCGACAAGAAGGUUAACUCUUGGAGCGGUUCUAUAGAGAUCGGCGUUACUGCACUGGACCCAGCCGGUCUGGAAUUUCCCAGCAGUGCCACAGGGCUGAAAGGGGGCUCGUGGAUCGUGUCCGGGUGUUCUGUGCUGAAGGACGGCCGCUCAGUCCUGGAGGAGUACGGUCGCGACCUGGACCAGCUGGGGGAAGGGGACCGUGUGGGGAUCCAACGGAACGGGAAAGGAGAGCUGCACCUGUGGGUGAACGGGCAGGACUGCGGCACAGCGGCCAAUGGACUUCCUUCUCGUUUGUGGGCCGUGGUGGACCUCUAUGGAAAGUGCACCCAAGUGACUGUGGUAAGCUGCGAACCACCACCUGAAAUGGAAGCGGAAGAGAAUGAAGAGGCGGAGGAUGAGAUGGUGUCGAUGCAAGCGGUGUCCAUAAUGGCAGAUGCUUGCCUUAGCCAUGAUGACAGGGCUGGAGUUAUCAUGCUGUCUGCAGCUGCUGCUACAACAGCCGUGAUGAAUGGAUCAGCGGAGGAAGUGCCUGAGGUGUCCAGGACGCACAGUCGGCCGGACAAGUUUCCAAACAACUUUGAGCCUGAUAGUGUUUUGACUGAGCAUCAGUUAUUUGAUGUGUUCAACAAUGCCAUUGUCUCUCUGUAUCGUUCGGAGGAUGAGGGUGGAGAGGACUUGGGGGUGGGAGGUGGAGGAGGUUGCUCUGACUCCUCGAGGGCCGGCACAGGAAGUAACGGUGGUGGCAGAGGAACAGGAAGUGAUAGUGGCAUUGGUGGUGGAGGGACAGGCGGAGGCAGUAGCAGCAAUAGCAGCCCAGCGGGGAGCUCUGGUGGGGCAGCGGGACUGGGGGUGGCCGCUGGCGGCAUGACGACCAAUGACGCACUGCUGUUCCAUGAGAAGUGUGGCACGCUGAUCAAACUAAGCAACAAUAAUAAGACGGCAGAAAGAAGAAGGCCGCUGGAUGAGUUCAAUAACGGAGUCGUCAUGACCAAUCGGCCACUCAGACACAAUGAAAUGUUUGAGAUUCGCAUUGACAAACUGGUGGAUAAAUGGUCUGGUUCCAUUGAGAUUGGAGUGACAACCCACAACCCAAAUAAUCUCGACUACCCUGCAACAAUGACCAAUUUACGCUCAGGCACAAUCAUGAUGAGUGGUUGUGGGAUUUUAACCAAUGGGAAGGGGACUCGUCGAGAAUACUGUGAAUUUAGCCUGGAUGAACUCCAGGAGGGAGAUCACAUAGGGCUGAUGAGAAAAGCCAGUGGAGCUCUGCACUUCUAUAUUAAUGGCAUUGAUCAAGGCGUUGCAGCCAAUCAGACCCCUGGUGUAGUGUAUGGAGUGGUGGAUCUCUAUGGCAUGGCAGUUAAGGUCACCAUUGUCCACAACCAUAACCAUAGUGAUCGUUUACGCCGCAACAAUGCCAUCAUGAGGGCGCUGUCACCUGACGUGGGCCGCCCUCGGCCUGCUCUCUCGUUGACUCCUGAGCCUGAUAUCCCGGACCGCUUGCUUUUUCAUGCAAACUGUGGGCAAAAGGCCGCUAUCAUCAGUGAUGGCCGCACUGCUUUAAGGCCUCAUGCGACAGAUGACUUCAACCACGGCGUUGUGCUUAGCAACCGUCCGUUGCACUCCAAUGAGGUUUUCCAGGUGCGCAUCGAUAAAAUGGUGGACAAAUGGGCAGGCUCUAUAGAAAUUGGUGUGACGACUCAUAACCCCACAUAUCUUCAGCUACCAUCAACCAUGACCAACCUGCGCUCAGGAACCUGGAUGAUGACUGGAAAUGGUGUCAUGCACAAUGGAACUACAAUUCUUGACGAAUACGGGCAUAAUUUAGACCGUUUAAAAGCUGGAGAUACAGUGGGAGUUGUCCGAAAGGAGGAUGGGAGUUUGCAUUUCUUUGUGAACGGAGUGCCUCAAGGCCCCGCGGCCUGGAAUGUUCCGUCCAGCGUGUAUGCAGUGGUGGACCUAUAUGGACAGGCUGCCCAGGCCACCAUUAUGGAUGAUAUGGCCGAUCUCCCUCCCUUGCCUGAUGACAGUUCUGAGGGCCCUACUGCUAUGUCUCCUGGUAGCCCUUGCUCAGUUUCGGGGGGUACAGCUGCCAACGACCUGCGCUUUCAUCAGCUGCACGGCACAAACGCUGUCAUCACUAACGGUGGCCGAACGGCACUUAGGCAGAACUGCCGCAGCGAGUUCAAUGAUGCCAUCGUCAUUUCAAACAGGUGCCUUCGGGAUGGAGAGCUCUUUGAAAUUGUGAUUCAGAAAAUGGUAGAUCGCUGGUCAGGCUCAAUUGAAGCAGCUAAUUUCAAGAUCAAAGACCACAAUAGGAGAAGGAGCAGCAUCAGCACUGGAGUUACAGCGAUCAGACCAGAGGAGCUGGAGUUCCCUAAUACGAUGACUGACAUUGACUAUGACACAUGGAUGUUGAGUGGCACAGCGAUCAUGCAGGAUGGGAAUACUAUGAGGAAUAACUACGGCUGUGACUUGGACUCUCUGACCACAGGCUCCAGGAUCGGAAUGAUGCGUACCGCUUCUGGAGACCUGCAUUACUUCAUCAAUGGGCUCGACCAGGGGGUAGCAUGUACCGGGCUGCCAUCAGAAGUCUUUGCUGUGAUCGAUCUUUAUGGUCAGUGCGUGCAAGUGUCCAUUACAAGUUCUUCCGGCCCACUGGAUAACAGUCUGUGCACCAGUAAUAUCACAGAGAAGAGCUUCCCCAUACACUCCCCAGUGGCAGGGGUUGCUCAUCGCCUGCACACCAAACAUGGUAAGAAUGUGGUGUUAUUAGGAGACGGUUGCCAAGCACUGAGGGUCGGAGGAUAUGCUCAUGGAAUCGUCUUUAGUGCAAAGGAGCUCAAAACGGAUGAGUUGUUUGAGGUGAAAAUCAACAAGGUAGAUGACAGAUGGUCCGGUUCCCUUCAUGUGGGUUUGACCACCCUGCAGCCCCCUGACCUGCCAUCCUGCCCUCUCAGCGGCCUCUCGCCUACGCUUACCCAGCUCAGGUCAAAGGUCACCUGGGUCCUCGCCGGCUCCGAGGUCAGACGCAACGGAGUGCUGCAGAGACAGAACUACGGCUGCUCUCUAGAUCGACUCACGGUGGGAAAUCGUGUCGGGGUGAAGAGAUGCAGCGACGAUACCAUGCACAUUCUCAUUGAUGGAGAAGAUAUGGGACCAGCAGCCACCGCAGUGGCGAAGAACGUGUACGCUGUUUUGGACCUGUAUGGAAAGGUGACGGCCGUUUCCAUUGUCAGCUCCACGCUAGUUGAGGAUUCGGAAAGUGUGAAAGCUCCCUCGCUGUCGUCCGACAGUUGCAGUGAGGGAGAGGAGGACAGCACUCCUGUCAGAGAGUGUGAGAAUGAGCCUCCACUGGCGCCCACGGUCAUGACGUUUUUAGAGAACCAUGGAAAAAAUAUCCAGCUGUCCAAUCAGAACCUGACUGCUGCCCGAGUGUCCAGCUACAACCAGGGACUUUUGGUCACAGCGCAAGCUUUGCCCCGACAGCAGCUCUUCCAGUUUCAGAUAGACCGCUUGAAUCCGUCAUGGACGUCCUCCUUGUCACUGGGUGUGAUUGGUCAUUCUCCAGACCGUCUCAACUUUCCAUCCUCAGCUUGCUGCCUUAAACGCUCAGUCUGGCUGCUGCAACGAGACUCUGUUUUCCACAACUCGCUGAAGAUUUGUGAGAACUAUGGUCCUAACCUGGACACCUGUCCUGAAGGGACCGUUUUAGGGCUGUUGGUGGACAGCAGUGGUUGUCUUCAUCUGUUUGUUAAUGGCAUGGAUCAGGGCGUAGCAGCCCAGGACAUCCCGGGCCCCUGUUACCCACUCAUUGACCUUUACGGCCAAUGUGAACAGGUGACUAUAGUGACAAAUCACGUGCCGGUGGAUGGUGGGGAACGAGGACACAUGCGUUGUCAGGCCGACAUGGAGAAGGCUGAUAUGGUGGAUGGUAUAAAGGAGAGUGUCUGUUGGACGCCUCCUCCUGAGGUCAACCCCAAUAAGACGUGCGAGUAUCAGGCGCUAUGCUCUAGAUUCAAAGAGCUGCUCACGCUACCCGAUGGGUACUUUAAUGAGGAUGCUAAAUACAACCUGUGCUACUGUGAGUCCUGUCACAAAUUAAGGGGCGAUGAGGCGUAUUACAAGCGAGGGGAGCCUCCCAGAGACUACGCUCUACCAUUCGGCUGGUGCCGCUUUGCACUCCAGAUCAAGACCCACUGUGAAGUCUCCAAUGCCUUCAAGAAGUGGCAUAUUGCGUACCAUGGCACUAGUGUCGGCUCCCUUAGACGCAUCCUGGACCACAACCAACUCUUGUCAGAAUCGUCCUCCAUUUUCUCUUCCUCCCCGGUGAAGACAGAGGGUCACGGCAGCUACGGGGAGCCCGAGGAGAACAGCGCACCGGAGCGAGAGAUUCCCCGUGUGCAGCUUUCUCCAACAAUACGCUACUCUGGCCUGGAGGCCUUUGCCCCAAAAGUGCAAUUUCGAGACCCACGUUCCCUCCGCUGUCACCAGGCCCAGGUUGGCUUCCAGGUGUGUGUGCGGCCAGGCUCGUACAAAGUGGGACCGACAUCGCUGGGGAUCAGCGAAACCCUUGACCCGCGAUUCAGCAAUGCAGAAAUCGAGUGGAUCACCAAGGAGAAAGGAGGAACGCUCCUGUACGGACUGCUCAUACGGGUGGAGUAAUAAAAAGAGACUCGCUCAUCUUCCUCAAUAUCAACCAAAUUUCAGUGCUGAGGCGUUGAGGAUUUUAGCAUUGUUUUGCUGCGGCGACUCAUUGAUCUCUCUGCAUGUUUCAGACAUACUUUUGUGUUCGUUGCAUUUAGAAGGAUGGUGAUAAUCCCCAGAGACAGAGACACUGCCUGCACUUUAUGUUUCGGACACUGGUGGGCGAUUUUUAGUCUUUCUCAUUAAAUUCACUUGCUCAGCAGGCUCUCCAUUAUAUUUUUCUCUUCAUACAUCUAAAUCUAUCUAUCACCCCCUGUUUUUUUUGUUUGUUUUGUUUUUUAGCUUUGGGAGCCUGUUUUUCUCACAGAAAUAAAACUGGACUGAAGCAACACAAAACCACCUAUUCAUAGCACAGCCCUUGAUUUUUACUCGUGUUUUUUCUUAAGACUUGCAACGGACAAAUCAACCUGGAAAUAACCAAGACCUGUUUCAAUGACAAUGUCAAGAAAUGUCAGCAACAUCACCUGAUCAGGAAGAGACUCAUUGUUACUGUUGUUUAUUUCAUCGCUUUACAAAUUCUGCUCUGAAAAUUUGGUUUUAUAGCUGUGUAUUUAUUCACAAAUGACAGUAGAUACUGUGUUUAGGGUAUUAAAAUGUCAACAUAAAGACAAGAAGCUAAGAAAUGUCUCGGAUGGUUAUACUGUGUGUGUAUACAGUAUAGAGUGAGACUCUAUCUGACCCAUCAUACCCCUAAUGUCAAUUUUUCAUAUCAACCAAAAGUACAUAAUUUAACUGAAUGGAUGCAUAUAAACAAACCCCUGAAGCACUCAAAAAAGAGCUGGAGAAGAGAUUUAUCAAGCUAUAUAUCUGUAUUAGUGUGUCUGUUCUGGCCAAAUGCGCGUGUUAGUUGUCUUUGCAUCAUUCGCUGUCCCAUUAUUUAAGGUCAAUCACCUGUGGGAGUUCUUGUCUUAUGUUUAACAUGCUCCACCGCUUUAGACGUCGUUUACACGUGUUGUGUUCGGAUUUGUCUUCUGUUCUGAAGUCCCGUGUGCUGAUAAGCCCAUUCGUUUACUUACAAACUUUAUUUUAAGAUGGUGGUUAAUGGUGACUGGGACAAGAAAAUGGAAAGGACUGUUUACGUUCUGCAUUCAACAGCAAGGACUGUUUAUAUCAGGUCGAUGUGCCUGAACUCAUGAAGAAUGGUGAGAAUUGAAGCCGUCUACUCGAAUACCUGAUCACAGGAUUGGUGUUUACACUGGGAAUGUGAUUUGUUUUUAAUAGAUUGUUUACUACAUGCUAGAUUUAUUGCAGUUUUUUUUUUUUGUAUUCUCUUAUGACUAAGAUUGCACAAUUGUAAGCCCUUGCUGGAAAACGAGAACAACAACUAAAAAUCAACUCUCUUCUGAUUGUAUCUAGACUUACAGUACCCUCUGUGAAGGCAUAUCUAUCCAUCUGUUUUGAGUUGUUUUUUAUUUUUAUUUUGUUGCCAAUAUGACAUACUUGAGUGUACAUUUCGCAUUAGUAAUCCCGCUUUAUUGCCAAGGGCGAUGUCUGAAUGAAUGCUUGCUAUGUAAAUUGGAAAAUGUGAAAACACGGGGUUCACGUUGGCCCAUUGCUGCUUUUUCAGUUGUUUGUAUUAUUUGUUCAUGUUUGUAUUAUUAUUUUUUUAAUGUCUUUUCGUUGUGUUGUACAGCCUGUUACAUAACACUAACAUUACCUUUCUGGUUUGUAAAAAAAUAAAAAUCCAAAAAAGAGACAGUUAUGCACAACAUAA